UGCCCUUACAUUUUUUCUAUUUCCUUCGUCGGAUCCCAUCCCAUCCCAUGGAUCAAUCAUUGAUCCUUGCUCGCAUUGUCAAUACAAUUGGGGAAACGACGCUUCCAAUCUCAGAGAGCCUCAGCUGAACGUGAAUUAGGGAUGAAGUGAAUCAAUUCGCCGAUAUACACUAGAAUAUCUGCAUUCUUCUAUGCGUCCAUAGCAGCCGCCCCACCUCAAAUUCAGCAAUGAAAGGCGUCUUUUCGGCGCCCGGUGAUUAUGUCUAUUUCAAGUCUCAGGUCCCUCUGCACAAGAUUCCGAUUGGGUCAAAGCAGUGGCGAUAUUAUGAUUUUGGUCCAAAAGUUGUGCCUCCUUUAAUAUGCCUUCCUGGAAUAGCUGGAACAGCGGAUGUAUAUUACAAACAGAUCAUGUCACUCUCUACAAAGGGAUAUCGUGUCAUCUCCAUUGAUAUUCCGCGUGUGUGGAAUCACCAAGAGUGGGUUAUGGCAUUUGAGAAGUUUUUAGAUGUUAUUGAUGUACAUCAUGUACAUCUGUAUGGUACAUCUCUUGGGGGUUUCUUGGCACAACUAUUUGCUCAACAUCGUCCACGCAGAGUUAAAUCAUUGGUACUCUCAAACACAUUUUUGGAGACAACUAGUUUUUCUGCAGCGAUGCCAUGGGCUCCCUUUGUAGGUUGGACACCGUCUUUUCUACUGAAGCGGUAUGUCCUAACUGGAAUUCCUGAUGGCCCUCAUGAACCUUUUAUUGCAGACUCAGUUGACUUUGUCGUUGCUCAGGUUGAGACACUUUCGAGAGAUGAUUUGGCCUCCCGAUUGAGCUUGUCAGUUAGUGUUGCCUCAGUUGGUCCUCUUCAGCUUUCAGAUUCUUCAAUCACUAUAAUGGAUACAAACGACUUCUGUGCCAUUCCCAAUCAACUCAAAGAUCAAGUAACUGAAAGGUACCCUGGUGCUCGACAAGCAUAUCUGAAGUCUGGGGGUGAUUUUCCUUUUCUCUCACGACCAGAUGAAGUAAAUCUUCAUCUUCAGCUACACCUAAGACGAGUUGGUGUUGAAGCCCGGGAGGACAUGGUUCAAAAAAUUCCCAAGGAUGAGAGUGGUGGGAGUUCAAGUGACCAAACUGAUAGACACGGAGGCAAUGAAGAUGCACCAAAAGGUGAUGACCCCACCGACCAUGGUGGUCCUGCAAAUACAAGUGAACCACCUCUAGCUUCUAAAGGUUCAGAUUCAGGUGAGUUUGAAAAUCAGCUCCUCACCAAAGCUCACUUACCUAGUUCCAGCGGCGAAUGCUUGGUGCCUCUGGCACUAAGAGCCUUCUUUGAGAAUGAGCUACCUAUAGUAGCUUCUGAAGCUAAUAUGAACUUCACAUUUGAAUACACCACCACUCUUGUACAUUAAUUCGUAUGUGCUGCUGGGAUUUCAUGCAAACUCUACUUGUGAUUCUUUGUACAUUAUGGUCUGAAGUUUUGUUCAGGAAUAUAAUUCCCCCUUGUUAUUUUUG